GUGCGACCGUUCAGGGAUAAAGUUCCUGGUACCAGAGAUCCGCCUGGCUGGUACGUGUAUGCCAAAGUACCCAAAGUACCCAAACUAGUUAGGCUUCUUGCGCACUGCUUGGCGCAAUGAACGCCAUACAGCAAAAAUGUCGCCCGAAACACCAAGUCCUCGUCCUCAAGUGCUAUCCUCACACCACCAAGGGAGCCGUUGAUGUCAAGCCAAACUCGAGCGAAUUAAGUUACCUUCUAUUCUAUGCUACCUCCCGACGGUCUAAGAUCCAAAAAGUUGGCCAAUUCCUUGAGAAGAAGACGGCUAGCGAUGUUUGGAGGGUGCGCAUUGGGUAUGUCAGCCACUCCCGCUACGAGACCACGCGAACUGUUGUCAAGUCCCUUUAACUUAGAAACACAACUCAGACGUUUGAUUUGAAGAGAUUCAAUAAGCACUAACUAAAUCAAAACAUAUAGAAAUGUCCAAGUUACCUUACAAAUACUA